GCUGAAUACACAAAGGGGCGGGGCAGAAAGUUGAAGCGUUAGGAAUUGGCGCCAUUAUUACAGACAUUUACAGUACAGCGUCUUCGUGGUUUCCGGAGCAAGGAAUAAAUACAGCCCCGCCUGGUUCCGCAUCACAGUGGGCCCAGAGCCGGAUUCGAGGAGAGGAGCAGGGAGAUCAGAUCCCAUUACUGGGACCCCUAUAGAGAACACAGGGCCACAUUAACUGUUCCCACCAUCCAGCCAAUGGAAAGGACCAGGAGAGCUCAGGCAAGUGUCAAUCAGAGCAGAAUGGAAGCCAGUGAUUACUUUGUCUCCCAGUUACCGGAUGAGUUAGCAUUGCGUAUUCUCUGGUACCUUGAUGGCAAGGAUAUCCUACAGGUGGCACAGACUUGCCAGCGCUGGAGACAGUUGGCUGAGGAUGAAGGCCUGUGGCAGGGAAAGUGCAAGGCUGAUGGCAUUGACGAGCCGCUGUGUAUAACAAGGAGAAAGGCUAAAGCCUCUAGAUCCAGCCCUUGGAAAAGUGCUUACAUCCAUCAGCUCAGGAUCGACUCCAACUGGCGCCAAGGGAGAUUUAAGACAAAAACACUGGAUAUAAGUGCGUGGGAUAUGGAUUUCACAACCUGGACCUUUGAUGGGAAGCAACUUGUUUGUAUUGUGUGUGAAAAAACAAUAAAGAUCUGGUCGGCAGUUAGUGGAAAGCAUCUAAGGACCCUUGAGGGACACACAGAUAACAUCUUUCCAAUACAAAUGAGAGAUCACAUCAUUGUCAGUGGAUCUAAGGACCGGACAGUAAAAGUGUGGAAUGCAGAGAGCGGGGAAUGUAUACACACUCUGUGCCAUACUCAUGCCGUGUGGCGUAUAAAUAUCCAUGAGAAAUGGGUAGUGACUGGGUCAAGUGACGACUCCAUCAGAAUUUGGGAUAUUGAGACAGGACAGUGCUUACACGUUCUCAUGGUGCAGCUACACAAUGUUAGAUAUAUUCACUAUGAUGGUCAAAGGUUGGUCAGUGUUGAUGACACCCUGAAAAUCUGGGAUCCCGAGACACAGAGCUGUUUGGUCACUUUCCCAAUUUUGAAUAAAAGUAUCCGACAUUCAGAGCUGAAAGGCACACGGCUAUUACUGGCUGAUGAGGAUGCUACAAUAACAGUGUGGGACACGGACACAGGGCAGUGCAUCCAAACAAUAACCGACCUUCAACGCUACAUAGCCGCAAUAUCACUGAGGGCCAAUAUACUUCUCUGGGGAGAUGGACUACCUGUCAGUUUUGAUCGGAAGAGAUUCCAGCGAUAUGUGGAAAAUGUGCGACUCCAAAGGAAUUUUGUGAUAAGCAACACAGGAUUUGGGCCGGUGCCGCUCUGGGAGUUGGAGUCCACAACAGUCUGGGAUAGGAAAGAAGACAUUUUCUUGUGGCGCUUGAGAAAAAAAAACCGACUUGUUUGUUAUUUCAUGGUCUCUCAAACAAAACUGAUCUGUGUGAUUGGAGGGAGAGAGGAACAAGUGAAGGUGAAAGUGUUGAACUUUGAUUAUUGGGAAACGAGGGGGAGAAAAAGGUUAUAGUUACACAUUCAUGUAAAACCUGCAACAUGUUCAGUACCAGCCAGUAAAAUAAUUUGUUACCAUGGUGGUACUACUUUUUGGAAAAUACUGUACUGGACUGUGUUAAAAAAAAAAGUGCCGCUGGGUAGUAACCCACUAACACCCUCAGUGAUAUAUUGCCUUUCUUCAUUUUUUAAAGACACCAAUUAGAGAUUUAGUUUCAGGUUCUACAGUAACAAACUGUGCCUUAUCGUUAAGAGAUUUGUACACACAAACACACUUGUUUUUGUUUAACAAUUUUGUUUAUUGAAAUUUACAGUUAUAGUUACAGAGAUAAAUAAGAGACCAGCAUAUAUUGUAGAGUUGUGAAAGCAAAUUCAGUAAUAAACCAACAUUGAGCAUUGAGUGAGUCCAAA